CUUCAACCUUGCAGUGUUCAGCAUCACUUCAACGCGGAGACUCAGAACAUCAGAAAUAUGUCUGAUCAAAGUUUGUUUAAAACAGUGUCGGUGGUGCUCAGUUUAGUUACACACUUCCGCUACUACUAUAUCUUAUGCAACGCUUGUACAUUCUUUGCAAUGCGGCACGAUAAGUUAUGUGCGAGACUAGGUCAAUGGCGUGUCUCUGAGGGGUUUCUGCAUCUAUGCAGUUUAUCAGGCGGUUUUGUAGGCGCAUAUAUAGCCAUGCGUCUAUUCCGGCACAAGCUAUUAAAAACUAGCUUUUUGGGCGUGUUUAGCUUGUGCGUCAGUUUGCAUCUCCUGGGACUUUGGUUAGUCGCGAAAAAGAUGGCGUGACCAUGUAGUAGUGCUGGCCGUGCUGGCUAUGCAAAAACUGAGUAGCGAAGUUAUAUCCGAAGUAGGUAAUAGUACAGUGAAUCGAGCGUGUCUUAGUGCUGGGUUGUGUGACGUUGCGUGUACUUCGCGUAUCGUUCGGAGCGUACUAGCUUUAUCUGAUUCGUUAUCAGAGCGGAGAGGACACUUCACAAAGGUGGGGACUUGAAUAGUGUGCGUGGAUCGUGCUCCCUAGUUUAUUUUGCGUGCUAUAUUACCUUGUGCUCACCACGUUGCGAUGCCAUACACACGCAUUAAUACACAUGUUGGGGUC